CAUCCACCUCUAGCUUCUUUGACAUUGGCAUCAAUGCUGGCAAAAAUAGGAUCUUUAAAGGCCCAGUCAGAUAUCGUCACAAAGGAAAUACAUUCCAUUGAUCUCGAUCCAUCUUGCCCAUAUCAGCUGGCAUUUCAUCUUGAUGAUGGUUGGUCAGGUGUUCUGGAUAUUUGUAACUUAAGAGUUACACAUGUUCAUUGUCCUCCUCCAGCUUGGUUGAAUGGAUACAGUAUUUCAGCUGAUCUCCUAUACUUGAGAAAACCAUCAUGGCUACCAACAUCUUCUAUGUAUGUGGUUGGGUCAACAUCUGACAAUGGCAUCUAUCUUUUAGAUUUCUACCCGGACCCUAGCUCUCCCAGCCAUGUGGACUACAAGGAGGAUUCACAGAGCUCUUUUGAGACGAGCCACCAAAGAAAGCAAAAUAGGUUUGUUCCAUUGUCUGAAGGAGUUACUGCAUGUGCCACACAUCCCCUUAACGGAGCCAUUAUAGCUGGAACAAAGCAAUCCUCCUUACUGGUAAUUUCCCAGAAACAACAUUCUGAGUUUGGUUACAGUUUGCAAAAAGUCCAUGAGGUCAAGAAAGAACCGCAGACACCGCAAAAAGUCCAUGAGAUUAAGAAAGAACUGCAGACACCACAAAAAGUCCAUGAGAUCAAGAAAGAACUUCAGACUCCAACGCCCUCAUAAAACAUUAAAAUCACAAAUCACUUCAAGCUCAAAAGUCAAAACAAUCUCUUCAUUUAUAAAAUGCAAUUCCAAGGAACUUCUCAGUAGUACUGCUAUUUUUCUGUAAUCUGUAUAUAAAUUCUGUCUCUCUAAUCUCAUACGUUUUCUUAACAGUAGAAUUGUGAUAAUUUUUGCAGCACAUAAUUACAUGUCUUUAGCCUUAUUUUAAGCACUGAAAUAGAAGUCAGAAUUCAGA